AUGGCUUCGAAGGGAAUCAGGCCAUUACCGGAAUUUAACCCGUCAGAAAGUGCAUCAAGUUGGGAAGACUACAAACGGGACUUCAUAAUUCACUUGGACGCGCUAGGUCUGGACGACAAGCCUGGAAAAAGAAAGGUUGGUGUCCUACUUGCCAACAUGGGGAGAGAGUGCGUAAAAAUUUACGAUUCGUUCGCGUGGGCGCCGGAAGUUGUUGCCAAUCAGGAUGCUGGAAUCGCGGCAGUGCCAGCCGAGGAUAAAUACCAUCUAGAAACAGUUUUCACAAAAUUUGACAGACAUUUCGGAGUGCAUAAUUACCGUAACAUUAAAAGACAAGAGUUCCUCAACACAAAGCGUGGUAACCUGUCAAUAAUGGAUUACAUUUCGGAAUUAAAAAGAAAGGCCGAACACUGUCAAUAUGGGGAACAAAAAGAAGGGUUAAUAUGUGACAUGAUCAUUAAUGGCGUGAAUGACACAAAGUGUAGUGAAAAGCUAAUGGAGAUACCGGUUACACAACUUACCAUCGAACGUGUCGUGCAGGUUUGUAGGCAAAUAGAAUUGACCGCGUCUCACAUCAAAUCACUGGGCGAAAGCCCUCACGUAAACAUCGCUAGAACGCAUCAAAACCCUCAUAAGCAACAAAAAUACUGUGCCAAGUGUUGCAGAAAACAUGAAGUAAGGAAAUGUCCCGCCUAUCAAAAACAGUGUGACAAUUGCGGUGAGUUUGGCCAUUUCAAGGCAUCCAAAUUAUGUCCUGCAGUCGGUGGGACAUCGCAUCAACAAAAGGGGAUAUCACACAGAGGGGCACGUGGCUAUGGACGCAUAAACUUGCUUGGAAGGGAUGAUUCAGUUGAUUUUGGGCUGAUCAUGAGAAUACACACCGCAAGACUUGAAACAGAAUCUAUCAUUGAGAAAUAUAGUGACGUCCUUGGGGAAGAGAUUGGGUGUAUACCGGGCGAGUACGAGAUUAAAAUCGAUAAGUCAAUAGAACCAGUAGUUCAUGCACCAAGACCGGUUCCAGUCGCGAUUCGUGAACAAUUGCAAGCUGAACUAAAACACUUAGAGAAAUGCAACAUUAUUGCUAAAGUAACAGAACCUACGCAAUGGGUCAGUAGUUUGGUGUGCGUAAGGAAGAAAAACGGAAGAGUGCGAAUAUGCAUUGACCCCACAGAUUUAAACCGCGCAAUCCGAAGAGAACAUUACCCAAUGAACAGUUUUGAUGAUGUUGCCACAAGAUUGAAUGGGAGUAAAUACUUUACAACGCUAGACGCGAAUAUGGGUUAUUACCAAAUAAAAUUAACUGAAGAGAGCUCGAAGCUCACAGCGUUUAAUACUCCGUUCGGCAGGUACCGAUACCUGCGGAUGCCGAUGGGCGUGAAGUGUUCGAGUGAAGUGUUCCAACGGUCCAUGGAACAGAACUUUGGUAACAUUGACGGGGUAGAAAUAAUUGUUGACGACAUUUUGAUUCAUGGUAGAACACUGGAAGAACAUAACAGGCGCUUGGAAACGGUGCUUCAAAAGGCACGUUCAAUUAAUCUGAAGAUGAAUAAGAAAAAGUGUAUGUUUGCCAAGCCGGAGGUGGACUAUGUAGGUCACAAACUGACUGGAGACGGAAUUAAACCGACAGAUCAAAGAGUGAAGGCGAUAGCAGACAUGAGAGAGCCAGAAAGCUUCAGUGAGCUGGAAACCGUGUUAGGCAUGCUAUCGUAUGUGUCUAAGUUCAUCCCAAAUCUCAGUGAGUUGAAUGCACCACUGCGCGAUAUGAAAAGGCUAGAAACGUGGAGCUGGGGUGACGAAGCGAAGCGCGCGUUCAAUAAAAUAAAAGAAGCUCUUGUUUCAACAAAAGUACUUCAGUACUACGACUUGAAAAAACCUGUCACACUCACAGUAGACGCAUCAAUGAGAGGCCUGGGAGCCGCGAUAAUCCAACAGGACCGUGUUGUGGCAUAUGCGUCACGUGCGCUCACACCGACAGAGCAACGGUACGCUCAGAUCGAAAAAGAAAUGCUAGCCGUUGUAUAUGGCUGUGAAAAAUUCCACAAACUGCUAUAUGGCCGAGAUACUUUCCUAGUGGAAUCUGAUCACAAACCGUUGGAGUCGAUUCUAAAGAAAGAAAUACAUAAAGCUCCGCUAAGGAUUCAACGAAUGAUUUUGAAGCUUCAACCGUAUGACUUCAACCUCGUGCACAAAAGCGGCAAGGACAUGGGUCUAGCAGACUGCCUCAGCAGAUUACCGUUAGAAAAUCAAGAUGAGAAAACUAUCGAUGAGGAGUUGAUGGUUUUGAAGCUCGACACGCUGUCGUGUUCAAACCAUGACAAAAUUGCACGCGCAACACAAGCGGAUGAACAAUUCCAAGUACUGGCAAAGGUUAUCAUUCGAGGAUGGCCAGAAACGAAGUGCGAAGUUCCAGUUGAAGCCGUUCCAUUUUGGGAUUACCGCGAUGAAAUAUCAAUUUACAAUGGAGUUCUGUACCGAGGGGAACGCGUGUGUAUCCCGAAAGAAAUGAGAACAGAAACGUUGAAAGCGAUACAUAAGUCGCAUUUAGGGGUAGUAAACUGUAAAAAGAGGGCGAGAGAGUUAGUAUUUUGGCCCGGCAUGAACAAACAAAUUGAAGAUCUUAUUGGCAAGUGUAGUGCGUGUUUAAUGCAUCGCAAGAUGAGCCAAAAGGAGCCAAUGAUCAUCCAACCAGUACCUGAGCUACCCUGGAGCAAAGUUGGAAUGGACUUAUGCGAACUAGAGGGUAACAAUUACCUAAUCAUUGUAGACUACUUCUCCAACUUCAUUGAAGUAGCACCAUUGCAAAGAGACACUCGAACGAGCACCAUCUUAAAACACAUCAAGCAAAACGUGGCUCGUUAUGGAAUCAUGGACUCAAUCAUCUCGGACAACGGUCCACAGUUCACCAGUGCUGAAUUCCGAGAAUUCAUCGAAAAAUAUGGCAUCACCCAUAUUACGUCGUCGCCUUUGCACCAACAAACAAACGGCCUUGCUGAAAAGGCUGUACAAACCGUGAAAAAUCUAAUUAAAAAGUGUAGCGAAACAGGGGACGACAUCUACUUAGCCCUGUUAGAACUAAGAAACACACCACGCGAUAACAUCGGAUCACCGAUGCAACGUUUGAUGGGUCGACGCGCAAAAACACCAAUACCUAUGAAACAAACAUUGCGACAACCAGAAACAACCAGUGAAAAUGUCGCACCGAAGUUGUUAGAAUUUCGUGAAAAGCAAAAAUUCUACUACGACCAACACGCGAAGAGCAAGGACAAUCUUCAGCCAGGGGACGCAGUACGAAUUAAAACCCCAUCUGGCUGGAAACCGGCAGAGUAUGUGAAACCGUCCGAAUACCCGCGAUCACAUAUCGUUAAGGCAGGCGAAUCGGGGCGCGAAUAUCGCCGAAACACGGACAUGCUAAUGAAAACAAAGGAAAGACCACACAUUAUCACCACAAACAAUGACGUGUACAUACCGGCACCCACAGCGACAACAGAGACGGUAGCAGAACAACCAUCAACAACUCCAAAUCACGAAAACAGUGCUAGUGCGAGAUCGAGCGAAACUCGAGACAAACCGGGGAAAGAGAGUGUACAAGACACUGUUAGAAAGAAAACGAGGUCAGGAAGAGAAGUUCACAAACCGAUACGGUUAAAUGACUAUGUGUAAGAUGUGAAGUGCAAAACAUGUGUCAUAUGACUGCCUUAUUGUAGUGCAAAAUAAACUUAUUAAUAAACUGUUUAAUAACUAUC